AGAAGCUAAGCUAAUUUGCUAAGGGCUUGUAACAAAUAAGUUUCAACAGUGUCUGAAUUUAGAGAUUAGAAUGUAACGGCUCCGGUAGGUUGUAUAGUUUGUAUAUUUCUUAAUGUUUGAUUUUAUUUUAGAGGCGCCACUUAUUUAAGCGAAGCACAUUAACUUAUAUCAGUUAAAACUUCUCUGGGACUAACGUUACGCAGGAUUUAAUUAUUAUUUCUCACAGUGUGAUUUAUCCACUGGUUAUGUGGCGUUAAAAGCUUUAUAUCGAAGCUGUUAUGAGUCCUGCCGUCAUGCGUUCAGCAGCCGCAGAUGGUCAGCUGGAGUUCAUCCUAAGUCAUUAGUAGUUAAACGCUUGAUCCCGCUGGAGGUCGGGUCAUGUCCGCGGAUCACUCAGCGACACAGACCGGGACUCACGGCCUCCUCCGCGGCCAGCGCACCCGGUCCUACGGCAGCCUGGUGUCCUCUUCAUUAUCACCCGUGAGACAAAGACGAAUUGAACACAAAGUUCAGCCCGGUGAAACUUUGCAAGGACUAUCACUGAAGUACGGCGUGUCUAUGGAGCAAAUCAAAAGGGCAAACAGACUGUACACAAAUGAUUCAAUAUUCCUGAAGGAGUCCCUUUUCAUCCCUGUGCUGACAGAGUCUGUGUCUUUCACAAAUGGGGUGGAAUUGACAGAGGAGGAGUCAAGUCCAGCACAAUCACACACAGAGAUUUCUAAUGAGACUCCCCAAAGCCAAACAGACCCUAGUAGAUGUGAAAUUAAUGCUGAUCUGUCACCGGUGGAGUACCUGAAAAAAAUAGACAGCUUGAUCAGUAAGUCAAAACAAGCAGCUGUGAAAACCUGCCAGGAGGGAGAGAAACAGUUCUCUUCUAUGGAGCAACUCCGUCACAGCAAUCUGAAGUUCAACACAGUAUCCUCCCAUCAGGCCGUAUUGGGAGCUGUUCCCGUUACCAUCACCAGACGGACCAGGAAUUUGAGGGAUAGGGAGGAUGAAAUCUUCCAGCUCUGAUGUAGGUUUAUUCUGGUGUAGGACUCUUCUGACUGUUUUCUGUUUAUUGGUAAAGAUGGAAUGUUUUAGAGGGCUCCCUCUUCUGGUUUCAUGUAUUUAAAAUGUGAUUGGGAUUGCUGGAGAGAUUUGCAAUAGUCCUGUUUAUAUAAAACUGCUAACAGCUUUAGACAUGCACCCAUAUUAGCACUGUAAAAACAUUAGCCUGAUACCUAAAAGUAAUAAUGUGAAUUAUAAUUCUGCUGUAACCAAAGUAAUGAGAGUUUUAGGUUUGAUGUGGACGACUGCAUUUGAGCAAAAGAAAUCAGGAAUGUAGCUUUUAAAAAUAGUGCACUUGCUAAUUCAUAUUUAAUACUACCUCACAAAUAAUGGAUAGAAGUACUUUAGUUUUAGGAAACUGAAAAAGUAUUUGGGAAUGUGCCAUUGGACAUCUGCAUCUUUCAAUGCAUAGUUUUGCACUGCAGU